GAUCUUGCUAUCUACCGCCCGGUGUGCACAGCUAUCAGAUUAUUCAGUACAGUGCCGCGGAUUAUGAAUUGAAGUACACUUCUGAUUUAACAAUAUCUAUUGACUUUUGUACGUCUUUCCAAAAAUAAUUCAAACACGUUUCUGUUAUUUUAAGGAGUUAUUGACGUCAACAUUUCAUACAAUAGUAGAAUACAGGCAAGGUAACGUUAGCGUGGAAGAUGUCAGUGGUGGGAAUUGAUGUGGGCUUUCAAAGCUGCUAUGUUGCUGUAGCUCGAGCCGGAGGAAUUGAGACCGUGGCUAACGAAUACAGCGACCGAAGUACACCAGCAUGUGUGUCCUUUGGACCACGGAAUCGUUCAAUAGGAGCGGCAGCGAAAGGCCAGGUUGUAACAAAUUGUAAGAACACUGUUCAAGGGUUCAAGCGAUUCCAUGGCAGGGCGUUCUUAGACCCCUACGUCCAGUCAGCAAAAUCUAGCUUGGUUUACGACCUGGCCCAGAUGCCUUCUGGGAUGACCGGCAUCAAGGUGAUGUACAUGGAGGAGGAGAAAGUCUUCAGCAUUGAACAAGUCACUGCCAUGCUGCUGAACAAACUGAAGGAGACUGCUGAGACGGCAAUGAAGAAACCUGUGGCUGACUGUGUCAUCUCUGUCCCCAGCUUCUACACUGAUGCAGAGAGGAGGUCUGUUAUAGAUGCAGCUCAGAUUGCAGGGCUCAACUGCCUACGACUCAUGAAUGAGACCACUGCAGUUACACUGGCAUAUGGGAUCUAUAAACAGGAUCUCCCUGCCCCUGAGGAAAAGCCAAGAAAUGUGGUAUUUGUAGAUUUGGGCCACUCUGGUUAUCAGGUCUCUGUCUGUGCAUUCAACAAAGGAAAGCUCAAGAUGCUAGCUUCUGCGUUUGAUGCAGAAUUGGGUGGCAAAGACUUUGACGAGGUGUUGGUGAACCAUUUCUGUGAGGAGUUUGGCAAGAAGUACAAGCUGGAUGUGAAGACCAAGCCCAGAGCCCUGGUUCGUCUCUACCAGGAGUGUGAGAAGCUCAAGAAGCUGAUGAGCGCCAACUCCUCUGAUUUGCCACUCAACAUUGAGUGCUUCAUGAAUGACAUCGAUGUGACUGGGAAACUCAACAGAGGCCACUUUGAGGAGAUGUGUGCAGGGCUUCUGGCCAAAGUGGAAUCUCCCCUGCACAGCGUCAUGGAACAAGCCAAGCUGAAGAAGGAAGACAUCUAUGCUGUGGAAAUCGUGGGCGGUGCCUCCAGGAUCCCUGCCGUCAAAGAAAGAGUCAGCAAAUUCUUUGGAAAAGAGCUGAGCACAACAUUAAAUGCAGACGAGGCUGUCGCAAGAGGAUGUGCACUGCAGUGUGCAAUCCUGUCCCCUGCCUUCAAAGUCAGAGAGUUUUCCAUCACGGAUGUCGUCCACUAUCCCAUAUCCUUGAAGUGGAACUCUGCUGCAGAGGAGGGGUUAAGUGAUUGCGAGGUAUUCCCAAGGAACCAUGCAGCACCCUUCUCCAAAGUGUUGACAUUCUACCGGAGAGAGCCCUUCUCCUUGGAGGCGUACUACAACAACCCCAAAGAGCUGCCGUACCCGGACCCCACAAUAGGUCAGUUCAUUGUCCAGAAAGUGGUUCCCCAGGCAAAUGGUGAGAGUUCAAAGGUCAAGGUGAAGGUCAGGGUGAAUGUCCAUGGGGUCUUCAGCGUGUCCAGUGCCUCUCUAGUAGAGCUCCUGAAACCUAAUGAGGGAGAGGAGCCAAUGGAGACAGACCCAGCCGGGAAGGAAGAGGAGAGUAAGAUGCAGACCGAACAAGAUGACCAAAAAGCCAAAGGUGAUGGACAGAAAGACGAUGCUGACAAGAAGUCAGAGACUGAGGAAAUGGAGACAUCGGAGGAUGGAAAACAGGAGAAGAAUCACGCUCCAUCGGCAAAGAAACCCAAAGUGAAAACGAAGACUGUUGAACUCCCAAUCGAAAACAGCCUGCACUGGCAACUAACCAAUGACCUGGUCAAUCUGUUCAUGGAGAAUGAGGGUAAGAUGAUGAUGCAGGACAAGCUGGAGAAGGAGAGAAACGAUGCCAAGAACAAUGUAGAGGAGUACGUCUAUGAGAUGAGGGACAAACUGCACGGAGUGUUGGAGAAGUUUGUCAGUGAAUCUGACCGAGACACCUUUGCAUUAAGACUUGAGGACACAGAGAACUGGUUGUAUGAUGAUGGCGAGGACCAACAGAAACAAGUGUACAUCGACAAACUGGCUGAAUUAAAGAAAUUUGGGCAGCCCAUCCAGGAAAGAUACAUCGAGGCUGAGGAGAGACCAAAAGCAUUCGAUGAACUUGGAAGGCAUAUCCAACAGUACAUGAAGAUUGUAGAAGCUUACAAAACAAAGGAGGAGCAGUAUGAGCAUUUGGACGAGUUGGAGAUGUUGAAGGUGGAUAAGCAGGUGAACGACGCCAUGAUUUGGAUGAACAGCAAAAUGAAUGCGCAGAGCAAACAGAAUCUUACCCAGGAGCCUGCCGUCAAAGUCCAGGAGAUUCAGGCAAAAACAAAGGAGCUUUACUCAGCUUGCAACCCUAUCGUCUCAAAACCCAAACCCAAAGUGGAGAUCCCCAAGGAUGAGAAGGAAGAGCAGAAUGGACCUAUUAAUGGACAGGAGGACACAGAUGCCCAGCCAGGCAGCCCAGAGAAGGGUGCAGCAGAGAGCACGGUGGCGCCUGAAUCUGCAGAGGGCAACAAGCUGCCUGAGAUGGACAUUGACUAACUGCUACAGCUGCCCCAGCCUUCUCUCCCCACCCGCCUCACACCUCUCUGAGAUCUUAUUGAUUAUAGCCUCUCUUUUGAUGACACAGUCAAACUAUUCCUAUAAAUACUGUCAAUCAGCCUUCUUGGAAUGUUCCACUAUUUUUUGCUGAAUACAAUGAAUGCAUAUUGCUCAAGCUGUUUGACAUCAAAUAUUGUGAGUGCCGCAGGAUGGAAACUUGCUUUCUGUGUAUUGCUUCAAUGGCCAUUUAGUAAGGAAUGUUCUCAGCAUCUCUUUAGCCUAUUUCCACUGAGAUUGAAAUAUUAAGAGGUCGUAAGCAGCGAAAAAACGAGUACAGAAGUUUAGUGAAAUGUUAACUUAUGUUUGAAUGGGGAAGGGGGUUCAAGCUUGAAAUGUAUGAUUAUUCCCUGUUGGAUAAAUGUAGAGGACACCCUGAUGGGGGAGAGAUUGGAUGGAAUAAAGGUUAGUGUAUUCAGAGAUAUGAUAGAGGCAUCAAUUAUCUGUCUACUAUAUGUUUAAUUAAAUUUGAGUUACUGUCAUGCAAUAUUUCAAUAUAAGGCUGUCACAUUUAAAGGCAAUGGUCUGGGUUGUUCUCUCUGGUAUAGCCUUGUUUUGUUUUUCUACUCUGUACAAUGAAUGGUGUGAAUGAAUGGUGAAUACCAAUUUGGUGCUGUUACCACUCACCAAAAGCUAAAUAAAUACAUUUUGGUGUAUGAGAAUUA